AUGCAUAAAGAGAAGCUUAACAUUUUCACCACCCAGGGCACCCUGGCACAGCUGGACUCCAAGAACCCUGUCCUGUACAUCGACUUUCCAGAAGGCCGCAUGAAGUUCUUUGGCACUCUGAUGUUUCCAAGCAACAAGUACAUGGUUCUGAAGUUCACAAACAAGGACGUCAUCUGUGAGGACAUUCUGGAGAGCAUGGUCGUCUUUUCUGAGGCUUGGUGGAUUGGAAAGAAAGAGGACAACCCAGAGGAGUUCCGCCUGCCCUUGCCACACAGUGGCAAGGGAGUGGGCAAGCGGGCUCUGGCAGACUCCGAUGAGAGUGAUGACAGCGAUGGUGCAUCCAGCCAGGGGGAUGAGGACAUCCCUCUCACGGGCCGCCGCAUGUCUCAGCGCAGCACAAAGCGGCCGAAAUACAACGUGGAUGCAGACAGCGGGGAGGAAGAUGAGAACGGCAACGAGAGUGAUGGCGAUGAUGAGGGGGGAUUCCAGAGGCUGAAGAGGCGCCCUCAAGCCAGAUUGCCUUCAAAACCUCCAGAGCAGAAUGCAGCGCAGCCUGAUGCAGGGCCUUCACAGCCUGGACCGUCCAGGGGUCAGCAACCUGCAGCAGAUGUGGAUGCUUUGAAGGAUCCAGCCAGGAAGCUGCCUGCUGCAAAGGCAAAGCCAGCGGGGACCUUGAAGCAGGCAACAUUGCCGUUCUGCAGAACUGCACAGGUCAAAUCCCCUCAGAAAGCAAAGGACAACAGGCCACCCAGGCAGAAGGAAGCAGAGGAGGAUGACAGCGACGUCGUCGACUUGUCAUCGCCAAUGCCUUCACAGCGGAGCAGGCCAACCCGGACCACAUCUGCCAGGAAAACAAGUCUGAAGGAGGCAUCCUCGGCGUCCGAUGAGGCUGACAACGAGGAAGAAGAGGAAAUCGAGGAUGAUGACGAUGAUGAGUUCACCAUCUGAUGCUAUAUGGCCGUAUCGGCCAUCAUCACAUAUCAUGGCGACGUUGUACUUCUGCUAUCUCAGAUCUCAUCAUUCUAGAUUCCCUGGUUGGCCUGCUGAAUUUCUCAGGCUGGAUCCAGCUAAGGUAUCCAGCUAAUUUUCAAGCAGUACCUGCAAUCUCAAACUGCCAGAGAUCAGUCGGACAGAUCUAUCUGGCUUUUAACGAGACACAGGCUUCUGCAGGCUUUUUAAGGGUUGCAACAAUUUUGGAAAGAAAGCUGAGUUAGCUCGCGAGGGCUCAGCAAUAAGAGUGCCCAUUACCCUGAUUAUUAUGCACUGCACAAAAAUCAAAUAAAUAUACAUGCAACUGACUUAUUGGCUGCAUGCAAAAUAUGCCUGCAUUGCCGCAAUGCGGCAACUCACUUACGCCAUCAGAGUGUUGGCAGCGCACGCCGUGCACGUGUGGCACCGCUAGCUAGCUAUAGCUACAGCAGCCGGCUUGGGGCGCCCCUUGAGCUCCAGAGAUGCGCAUCAGUACUGAUUGAUCUGGCACCCAUGAGUGGGGCGCACAGACCAGCUGGACAGGCCUAGGACAGCCAACACCGUAUGUGGGUCUGUACAGGUGUCAAGGUUUCAUCUGCAUCUCCAGGAGUCUUUAAGAAGCUCUUGGCCAUAUAUGGCAUGCGUACACCGUGCCAGGCACGGUAUCAAUGAUCUAAUUAUUAUUAUUAUUACUACUACUACUACAGGGCCAUAGGGCAUACAGGCAGGGCGUCUGCAGCCACCGUGACGUGACGUCUGCGGGACCUACAAAUGUCUGCAGCCUGGUGUUGUAUCACAUGUGUUGUACAACUCAUCAAAUCUCAAGUACCAAACCCUCAUGCACUCCCUGUACCGGAUAUAUACUAUACAGUAUAUGUACAUGCAUGCAUGCUCUGGUCACGUGCUUGACACCUGCUGGAAAUUAUGCCCUGCCAUCUGCUCUCGCAACUCAUCUUCGCCUGCAGCUGCAGCCUGCUCUCCAUUCCCAUUUGGGGGAUGCUGAUGAUCUCACUUCUCACAUCUUCAUGCAGAUAUUGGGUUUGUCACUGUCUGCUCGGCCUCUGUCCUGCACUGACUCCUAUGUGAGUUUCCUCUGAUUGACCGAACCAGUUUGUUGCAUUGCUGUACAGUGUACAGGUCAUAUAGGUUGUAGCGUGAUGCGGUUGUAGUGUGAUGGUGCUGUGCGAUUGUGUCCUGUGAUUAUAAAAGGGUUGCACCAUUUUCUCCCUCUAGGAGGUCCUC